AACAAUAGGCGCCUGUCCCACUGGUUGUGUUAAUCUCUGUAAACAUAAGAGGCACAAUUGUAGAGAUUUAGCCAAAGCAUUAAUUUCCAGUGAAAUUAAUUCAUGUCUACAACAAGCAACUCCUCCACUGCUCAUUCUGUCUUAUUAAAUUUGAAAGAGAAUUAUUGAUACUGAUUACAGAUAGCAAUAUCACAAAUUCUAAAGUGUUGCUGUAAUAUGAUUUCCUGGUUUGAAACAUUGGAAAACGUUUGACAGAUCAAACAACCUGUGUUGUAGUUCCAGGCAUCAGUGAAUGAGGGAUCAACUGGUGUGGUAGUGAACCUGACGGUGGACGAUAGAGACGACCCAGCCACUGGAGCCUGGAGAGCUAUCUACUCCAUCAUCAACGGAGACCCCAACCAGAACUUUGAGAUACAGACCAAUCUGGACAACAAUGAAGGGAUGCUGUCGGUGGUAAAGCCUCUGGACUAUGAAAGUGCAAUGUUUCACACACUGCUGAUAAAAGUGGAAAAUGAAGACCCUCUGGUUCCUGACAUUGUGUAUGGCUCCAGCUCUACAGCAACUGUUUACAUUACAGUUAUGGAUGUGAAUGAAGGACCACUGUUCUUCCCAGAUCCUCUGGUUGUCAUCAGGAGAGAGAAUAUCCCUGUAGGGAGCUUUGUGGCCAUGCUGAAUGCUACUGACCCAGACUAUCUACAAACCCAGAGCAUAAGGUUCUCUGUAUUGAGAGACCCAGCAGACUGGCUGGUCGUGAACCCCUUCAAAGGCAAUGUCACCACCAGAGCCAUACUGGACCGCGAGUCUCCACACGUUCACAACAACCGGUACACUGCUCUCUUCAUGGCCACAGAUAAUGGUAGUCCACCUGCCUCGGGCACAGGUACAUUGAUAAUCACUAUAGAGGACGAGAACGACAACGCUCCCUACAUCUUCCCCUCCGUGGCCCGCGUGUGUGAGGAUGCUAAAGACAUGAAUGUGGUGGUGAUCGGGGGACGAGACAAGGACAUUCAUCCUAAUACAGAUCCUUUCAAGAUUGAGCUUGGCAAACAGCCAGGACUGGAGAAAACAUGGAAAAUCUCCAGGAUCAAUGAUACUCACUCCCAGUUAAUGUUGCUGCACAGUCUGAAAAAGGCCAAUUACAACCUGCCGCUGGUUCUGACUGACUCUGGAGUCCCUCCAAUAUCCAACAGCACAGAAUUGAAAGUUCAGGUGUGCACCUGUAAGAAGAACAGAAUGGACUGCAGCCAUGCUGGCUCAAUCCAAACAAAUCUCUUGCUACUGCUGGGACUGGUUCUGCUCUCCAUCCUCUGCUUGUAAAUUCCACUGAUUCUUUCUGUAGUCCUUUUACAACACUGAAGAAAACCUUCUCUUCUCCACACGCAAACCAGGCUGAGAGAGAAGACCUCACCCCCAAAAGACCCUUUGCACCCUCCAUUUAUGCUCUCGUCCUUUUCACCAUCGUCUCUCUCUAUCCCCAACUUCACGGCCUCCACCUUUUCACCAGGAACUUUCUCUCUGUCCUCUCCCUCCUUCCCCUGCACUUCCUGUCUUCUCAUAUCUCUGGAAUACAUCAUGGACGGCACCGCCUUGAUGCUCCAACUCUCUCUCUCACUGGACAAAGAUAUACUGGAUGAGGGCAAAGCGAUUGGACAUUUUGAUGUACUUUAGUUUCCUCUGGUUAAAGACUACUGUAUUUGAUCUUGUUUACUAAUGUAAGGGAAGGACACAAGGCCUUGUUAGUCUGCAGUGGUUGUGUUUUCUUAGGGCAGGGUGGUAGCCAGAAGCCUUCAGAGUCUAAGAAAAAAACAUCUCUUGCGUCUUUUAUUUUAGUUUUUUUGUUCAAUUGCAUUUGUUGUUAUGGAGUGGAACACAAUAUAUCUUUAAAGUAAUGUGUCACAUUGUGGGGGGAAAUAUAUAUUUUAUUUUUUACCAAUGUACAAAUAUAUUAAUUAUCGUAUGUACUUUGAGCCUUAUUCUUUAAUGACCCCUCAAGAGAAAAAAAGAAAGGAACUGUAUGUUUUUUCUAAAUUUUAGGGACUAUUUCUAAUGCCAUUGAUGUGUGUUUUUUUUUUUUUUUUUUUUUUUUUUAAAUCUACAAGUUCUUGUUCUUAAGUCUGAAGAGUGAUUUGCAGGCAGAGAGCGAAUCUCUCUUAUGAUUCUUGAUUCUGAUGGUAAGGCGUUUAUUUAAUUUUUCUCCCUCUCCUCUUGGGUCAAGUCAAAGAGGCCAGGGAAGGCUGUUGAUUCAGUGGUUUUUGUUUUUUAUAUUUUGCGCUUGUGAGAAGAAGACAAGAAAAGAGAGAGAGAGAAAAAAGAAGAUAACAGAUAAAAAAUAAAUUAAAAAUAAAAGCGUGUGUGUGGGUUUGUGCGGAAGACCCUGUAAGUUCUGAAAAUGGAAAGAAAAAGAUGACGCGGUGAAUGAGCUAUGUCUGUCUUUUGCACUAAUUUAAUAAAGCUGUUACUGUCCUUCCCACCACUUUAACUUUGCUUGUUUGUUUAAAGCUUGUCUGCAGACCAAAGGAAGAAGAACCAGAUUCCUUGAUGGAGAAAUGUCAUGAAAUAUGAUUCUGUUCUUGGCUUUAUAAUGGAGACGGAAUAGAUUCUAAUCUGGAUACGGCUGAAACAAACAUACCAUCAUAUGCACAUAAUGUAUUUUAAAGAUAUAGAAAACUAAAGUGUUCACAACAAUUUUGCAAAGUUAAGGAGUCUUGUCUAUCAGGGCAUUAUUGUUAUUAUUAUUACCAUUAAAAAAUAAAUGUGAAAAGAUAUUGGAUUCCUGAUUUCAUGCUGUAAAUAUUUAUCCUUUUUGUUUGUUGAGAAAAUAGAUACAUUUAUAUAUUGUAGAAUAUAGUUUUAAGUAAUAUACUGGGUAAUUCAUGCACAAAUGCAGUUGUAUAAUGUAAUAUUGUUAAAUGUUUUAGUCCAUAUUUGUAGCAUUAAUUCAGGUAUCCAUUUGUAUCUUUCUACCAUCUUUUCAUAUAGCCAUGUUUUACUAAGAAAUGUUGUUAAAAGGGUCUAAAAAUAAAUACUUGUCCUACUUCUCCAAUGUAGCUGCUUUAAAGGAAUGGAAAUGUCUUGGUUUGAAGGUCAAGAUACACUUGCAUAUUAAUUGUGAUUUUAUGAAGUAGCUCAGGCAUUUAACUAGCUUUUGCAUUCAUUUUGAAGUCAGAAAAAAAUUACUCUGGCUGUCAUCAUCGCUAAGAACAAAUAGCAUCUGAUAAUUUCUCACCAAUUUGAUUAACUGAAAUAAUUAGCUCAUAAACCACCAUUAACAUUUCCCAGGCACAGUCUAACAAACUAACUACUUCUGUAUAAAUAAUGUAAAAAUUAACCUGUGAAACUUUGCAAGUUGCUCUCGGUUUGAAAAUUGAUGCUUAUACUUUGACAAAAGAAUGGGGAACAUUUGGAGCAAUACUCGUUUAUGAAUUGAAAUGAAUAACAAGCCUUGAUUGUCCAUUUUUUUUUUACAUUGUGACUACAAUAUAAAAGAAUAAUGGGGACCCAG